AUGGUCUCCAGGAACAUCUGGAUGGCAGAUGCCGUUGCUUAUAAUACGGGCAUUCAGUUGUAUGUGUCCACGCUGGACGGACGACAAAGAUUCUUAAACACUGAAUCACCACACAGCAUACAUCUGCAGGAUAUGGCGGCCAAGCUCUUAUGUGGGCUUUGGGAUGGUAGAGGCGAAGAAGGCGAAAGGGAGAUGGUUGAUGCACUGGAGGUUCCUUUAAGGCGUCUCGGACUUGCGGAGGAAUGCGCUGGAGCAGUAGCAUUUCUUGUAUCUGAUGACGCAAAGUAUAUCACUGGUGAAACAAUACUAAUAAGUGGUGGAGUACAUGCCAGACUGUAA